CACUACAGCCCACUACAGUCCCCCCGUGGCCCUCCGCUGUCCCCCGCUUGCUCGGCGUCGGACCCACUCUGCCACUCCUGCACUGGCCGAGAUCGACUCUGUUCUGUUUUGCCCUCCCCCAGACUCUCUCCCCUCACAUCCAUCAUCAAAAUGGCCUCGCGAAGCUUCACCAAGACCCUCCGCGGCUCAAUGGCCCGCCAAUUGGCGGCGCCCGCCGUUCAGCAGCGCACCUUUGUUGCUGCUGCCCGCAGCGCCGCCCGCCCGGGUGUCGUCGCCCGCCCUGCCCUGGCCAGCCUUGCCCAGCAGGUCCGUGGUGUCAAGACCAUGGACUUUGCCGGCCACAAGGAGGACGUUUACGAGCGUGCCGACUGGCCCCAGGAGAAGCUUCUUGAGUACUUCAAGAACGACACUCUGGCCCUCAUUGGCUACGGCUCUCAGGGCCACGGCCAGGGUCUUAACCUCCGUGACAACGGCCUCAACGUCAUCGUUGGUGUCCGAAAGAGCGGCAAGUCCUGGAACGACGCCAUCGAGGAUGGCUGGGUUCCUGGCAAGAACCUGUUCGAGGUCGACGAGGCCAUCACCAAGGGUACCAUCGUCAUGAACCUCCUCAGUGACGCCGCUCAGUCUGAGACUUGGCCCGCCAUCAAGCCCCAGCUCGUUGAGGGCAAGACCCUUUACUUCUCCCACGGCUUCUCCCCCGUCUUCAAGGACCUCACCAAGGUCGAGGUCCCCACCAACAUCGAUGUCAUCCUCUGCGCUCCCAAGGGCUCUGGCCGAACCGUCCGAUCCCUGUUCCGUGAGGGCCGUGGCAUCAACUCCUCCUUCGCCGUCUUCCAGGACGUCACUGGCAAGGCCGAGGAGAAGGCUAUUGCCCUUGGUGUCGCCAUCGGCUCCGGCUACCUCUACAAGACCACCUUUGAGAAGGAGGUCUACUCAGACCUUUACGGUGAGCGUGGCUGCCUGAUGGGUGGUAUCCACGGCAUGUUCCUCGCCCAGUACGAGGUUCUCCGUGAGCGUGGCCACUCCCCCAGCGAGGCCUUCAACGAGACCGUUGAGGAGGCUACCCAGAGCUUGUACCCCCUCAUUGGUGCCAACGGCAUGGACUGGAUGUACGAGGCUUGCUCCACCACCGCCCGCCGUGGUGCCAUUGACUGGUCUCCCCGCUUCAAGGAUGCCCUGAAGCCCGUCUUCAACCAGCUUUACGACUCCGUCAAGGAUGGUUCCGAGACCCAGCGAUCCCUGGACUACAACAGCCAGAAGGAUUACCGUGAGAAGUACGAGGCCGAGAUGGAGGAGAUCCGUGGCCUCGAGAUCUGGAGGGCUGGCAAGGCUGUCCGCUCUCUCCGACCUGAGAACCAAAAAUAAGCGGCGGAUUGGCGUUGACACAGGAGGAAUGGUGGAACGGCUUGGCAAAACUUGUGAACUUUUGUAUUUCUAUUCCUGGGCUCUCGAAGGGGAUCUUGGCUUGUCCAAAAGUUGAAAAUCUGGCUCUUGGCCAACUCAAUACCAAAGUUUCUAUUUCUAA